AUGAAGUUCAAAUCCAACCCAAAGGGCACUAUCGGCUCGAAAUUCGUGCCUACCUUUCAGUUACAGAUGUUCAUAAACCAGGACGAGUGCUUCCAAACCAUCACAUCCAUAGAACCAUUCAAAGAUCAGUCGCUAGAGCAGUUGAGGCUGAUUGACUACGAAAGUUUGCAUCAAAGUGACUCGUCGCUAAGCAGUGAACCUGGUCUGCCUGUCGCGCCGGGUAGUGCAGCCCCUAACGCCAACACAUUGGCUGCUUCUGGUGGUUCUGACAACACCAAAAUGGAGACACAAUCUGCACAGCCAGCGUCUGUUCUCAAAUCACAGCACUCAGUGAAAGACUCUUUCGCAUCUGGUCACAACAACAUGUCAUCAGAACAAGUUUGUGCCUGGCUCAACGCUAUCCCGCCGCGCGAACCCAAGGAAGACGUCGCUGAUACGACUGAGUCGAAGUCAUUCUUCGGCUUGCCAACGAAAUCAAAACUAGACGGCAUUUUCCAGUCAGACACUACUCCAACGUUCAGCUUUGCGCCUGUCAAGAAGAAAGCCGAAGUUUCUUCCUUGAAACACUCAAAGCAGAACGUUGACAUACCAGCGCCUGAUUCAAUUUUCGGCUCUUUACCCAAGACAAAGGCUGUCACUACUUUCUCUUGCGACACAUCAGGUCCAAACAGCGACAAGAACCAGAGUGCAGAAAAGUUGCUGAAGGAUGUCUCAGUUGUCCCUGCACCACGGAGCAUAUAUGAUCCAUCGACUCGCAAUAAGCCAGCUUCUUCAUCUAAAGUCAUGGCUAACGAACUUUCCACCGACAAUCCAGCAUCGAAACCUGCCAUGGCUGAGCAAAUCAAGCCAUCUGGCUACCACGAUCCUUUCCGAUCUAUCUCUACAAUGGCAGCCGAUCUUCCUCAGGCUCUGAGUGCGGACAAUCCGCCAGUGAAGGUUUUGCCUUCUCUCCUGUUUUCCACCGCUCCGCCUACCAACCUCUUCGGAUCGCAAUCCACUACGAACACGGCUUUGCCUAGCUUUGAUAGAGGCUCAUCACCUCCUCAAGUCAAAAUCACCGCGCCAGCCUUUAAGUUUGACAUUCCACCUUCUCCAUUUACUUCUGCAUCGAACCAGCAGCAGUCUAAGCUCGGAUCGGUCUUUGGAGAGCGCGGCAAAUACAUGCUGCUUCACCAUACUGGAGAAAACCACGCGUCUGGUGCAGAUGAGCAACUUCGCACUACACCCUUGCUAUCACUCACUGUCAAGGAAGCCUCGGAGGCAAGAUACAAGAACGCCAAGAUGUUCCCCCAAUACGCCUUCCUCGGCUGUCGUAUAUCUGAUCCUUUGCCUGCGAAUGAGGAGAAGGAGGGUAGUGGCAAGGGUUAUACCCUUUCGGCAAUCAUAGAGAAUUGUUUGUUCGCAUCGUCCAAGGUUGGAGUGCUGCCCAAGCCGCUGGCUGGUGUCGUCUUCCACAACAACACUGCAUCUUCGCACAACAUCUGUGAAGCAGCCUAUCUCGUUUCUCUGGGCGUCAGAGUCAACAUUUUGGUUUCUCGCAGCAAUUACCACGCUUUAUCGUCUAUCUACAAGACUACCAUUUCCUCCUCGGCUGCACACCUUCUUGACAUUCAGCCUUUAGUCCUGCAGUCUCAUCAUCUGACAGCCGAACGCAUGCAUCGCCUCAUGGCUUUCCAGGAAAGUGAAACCACUGUGCCUUUGUACAUGGAAGUCAUCAUGCGCAUCCUUCGUGAGAUGGCAAUGUCCGGCUUGCCCUUCAAUUACGCAACCUUCAAAGCAAACCUCGACAAUGAGGGUCUUCAGCCUGGCCAAAAGGUCAUGAUGGACAUGCGUCUCAACCUUCUCGAAUCAUUCCUCGAUCCUAGCUGCAUCAAGGCCACCAAAGCCUCCAAAACUGCCAAGAAGAGCGACAUGUUCACCACGUCCCCAGGUACCCUCACCAUCGUCGACCUCAGUGACCCUUUCCUGGAUAGCAGUACCACAUGCACACUCUUCGACAUUUUACUCUCUCUGUUCAUUUCGUCUCGUCCGGAGUCUGGCCCUCUCCUCUGCCUCGACGAAGCUCACAAAUUCAUGCAAGCCGCUCCUGCAGCAGAGACCUUCACCGAGAAUUUACUCACGGUUAUUCGUGAACAGCGCCACAAUGCCUGCAGAGUAGUCAUCGCGACACAAGAACCCACAAUCUCGCCAAAGCUACUCGAUCUCUGCUCCAUCCCCCUUGUUCACCGCUUCACGUCGCCAGAUUGGCUCGCCACUCUACGCGGUCAUCUGGCAGGUGCAUCCGACCUCGUCACUGUUGAGCAAGGUCAGGGCAAAAAGCAAGGAGCAGCUAAACUAUUCGAGCAGAUCAUCAAUCUAGAUGUUGGUGAGAGCUUAUUGUUUGCUCCUUCUGCUAUCUUGGACGAAGACGAGGAUGGUAGGGCUAAGAAGUUGGGUACGCAGUGUGUGCGCUUCAAGACUAGAGUCAGACUUGGCACUGAUGGGGGAAAGAGUAUUCUUGCUGUUAGAGCUUGA